AUGUCUGGAGAACUGGCUGCUCGCGAUCCAUUUCCCACGCUAUCCAUUUCCCACGCACUAGCUUGUUCCCUUCCACGAACCACGUUGCCAUGCCAAAAGUUCCGACUUCAGUGGUGUGGAAGCCAUUGCUUCCCCGACCUCAUACUCGUCCUCUCACAUUACAUAUUGUUGUCGCUGCGCUGCUUCCGUCGCCCUCUCUUUUCCUUCCGCGUUGACAUCGCUUCCCCGCUCGUGAUCGCUCUCAUGUGCUACCAGUGUCGCCCGCAUCCCAUCUUAAUCGCCUUCGCUUAUCUCCCGCCGCCCUCUCCCCAUAGCCUUCCGCGUCGUCGUCUCUGCCAUCCCGUUGCCCACAGUUUCCCCUCCCGUCGCCGUUCUCUCCCGAACCGGUCGACCUCGCUCCCCUUUUUCGACGCGUUCACUUUCCUCCCACCUAUCGCCUUCGCUUCCCUCCUCGUCCCCCCACCGUCGACGUCGCUUCCCUUCCCCACCGCCCUCGCUUCCCAUUCAUCGCCGUCCGCGUCGCCCGCGCUUCCCGUCGACCUCCCCUUCCCGUCCCGUCGUUCGUCGUGUCGCCCUCGCUUCCCCUCCCGUCGUCCGCCGCGGCGCCAUCGCUUUGCCUUCCAUCGCUCUCCGCGUCGUCGCCGCUUUCCCUGCUAUCUCCCAUCGUCCUAG